ACACAAAGUAGGAAGAAGGAGAAGCAGAAGAGGCAGCUAGCUCGCUCUUCCUUCAUCUCCCUUCUUCACUCCCUCGCCUUCUUUUCAUCGUUUUUCAAGAGCCAUGAGUCUCGCGGUCGCCAUCGUUUCCUCCCAGAUCUAGACUACAGCUUGCGCAUCACAUCUUUGUUGCGUCUCCAUUGCUCCUCCUUUUCCAACAGCGUCUGUGACUCGAAGAAGAAGAGCCGUGCAGCGGCAAGGCGCCCCCUCCGUCAAUCGUGUUGCAGCUAGCUGUUUGCUCGAGUCCCCUUCCCCCUUGGCCCCGUUGGUUUCGGAAUUGGGAGAGUUCAUGUGGUGUGAAAGACAGCUAGCAGCUGCGGCUCCGAUACGCUAGUGUGAAAGCUUUAGUGGUGAAGAAGACUUGCUUGCUUGGAUCCGGGUCUGUAGUGGCGUUGCACGCGGUGCACUUCCUGAUCUCUCACCUGCUUGCUCUUCCCACUGCCGGGAGAGUGGUGUGUUACGCAGGUUUCUUUGACGAUUUUGCCUUCAUUUAUCUGCUGGUGAGAGGGAGGGAUGUUUCAAGGUGUGUCGCAAGUUGGUUUGUGGUCGCAACGGCAGGGAGCGGGGAUUUGACUGGCGAGUAUUAGGCUUGUGACGAGGAAGCGCGUGAGGCUGCGUAACUCGUGGAGUGGAGUGGAGUGUGGGACGCUCUUGAAGGAGGGUUCGUGGAGGGUUGCAGUGUGCAAGCUUGGACGAGAAUUUGGCGUUCCCGCGGAUAAAUAGGCAGUCUCUUCGUAUUACGUUGUGACGUAGAAGUGUAUUUUUAGUGUAGUUUCUUCUGGUUUACGCGAUCAACGGAGAAAAGGCAAAGAUCUGUAGCAAGGGGGAGAAAAAAACAAUUUAGAUUACGCGCAGCGUUUUGCAAAGACUCGCAGGUGGUUUUCUGGUUUUCUCUGAAUCUUGGGCUUUGCUACUCCUGAUGGUAUUUGCAGGAAUCGGGUUAAGGAGUGUAUUGUGUGGUUGUGCUGUCAACUUUCAUGUCUAGCAGUACAACUCCGGCUCCUGUGUUGCGAGGGGUUUCACAGAUCGCAUUUGCUCUUUUCGGCAAGCCGACUCUAGCUCUUCGAUUUCUUCAUCUUGUUCGCUCUAUGUAGGUGGGGUUCGGUAUUUUGGCUGAGUGGUCUACGUUCGAGCAGUUUCAUGCCUGGCCGUCGAAGUUGGCGCUGGAAUGUCCGACGGAGACUUCCAUAGAUUCUGUUCCACUGCGGUUGCAGUCUUUUACAUCUCUCGAUUUCGCGAAUUUCACUCCUUUUGCCCCUAACUAUUGGACUGCAGGGGUAGUGCUGUCGGUGUGUCGCAGGACAUCCCGUAGUAGUCAGGGCAUUCUAAGCUGUACCACAUUCCGCGACUGUGGUAUCUAGUGUGCCCGUAAUUUCUUCCUCACAGGCGUCUAGUCUGAGAGAGAAGACUAGUGUAGGUAGCGCCUGUGAAGCACUGCAGACCCUUGUUGAGUAUUUUUAAUUUCCAUCUGGUUAGGUUCGAAGGGGUUGCGGAGCCGGAUGGUUAUGGUUGGAUAGGGAAAAUUCAGGAAGGGAGCUCGUCGACCUUGAAAAUGCUGCCAAAUGAAAAGAAUCUCGUAAUGGUACCGGAAAGAGUACUCUUGAACUAGUGGAACAUAUUUGACUUUUGAGGAGAUAUUCCAGCAACCAUUUGGAAUUGGAUAUUUUUCAACGUCCUAAGCGGGUUUUUGAACCUCCAGUUCGGUUUGCAUCGCAUGUUUCAAAAGGUCGUGUUUGAAAAGUAAUUCGUGAUGGAAUGAUCUCGAACGAAGCUCAGUCGCACUGCUUUGUGCUUCUAAUCUGCCGAUCUAUAUAUAAACUUCAGCGCCGGAUUCAAACAACCAAUCCAAUGCAAGACAGGCAACCAGAGUUCUGGCCUCGGCAACUGUUGAAAAAAUGGAUCAGCUUUAGAGAGACUGGAGAUGACUUUGAACGAGAUUGUGAAACGGAUGCCGAUGAGUUCAGCGAGUCCGAAGAAUUUGAAGAUACUGAUGGUGUUGGCGAGUCUGGUGAUGAGGAUACGAGGAGAUUACUCGAUUCGGAUUUUGAGACAGAUUCUGCACAACACGCAGACGUAUCAAAUAAAAACCCACUUCCGCGGGUGCAGUCCGAGACUCUUCGUGAGCAAUUUGUCGUCAACAACGAAUAUAAGAUUGCAGUUGGAACCUGGAAUGUUGGAGGAUUACUUCCUCCAGAAGAUAUUAACUUAGAUGGAUUCUUAGACUCAUCCGACCCUGCAGACAUCUAUGUCCUUGGGUUUCAAGAGAUUGUGCCACUGAAUUCCAACAACGUGUUGUGUGUCGAAGACGACCAUCCUACUGUCGUAUGGGAUGGCUUGAUUCGGCAGGCUCUCAAUAACGGUGUGAAGUGUUGCGAGAGACCUCAUAGAAGUUGUAGUGCACCAACGUCUCCAAGGUGGAAUGUGAAAGAAGACAUUAGUGACGUUCCUGAGGUUUCUGAUGUUAAUGGUUUAUUAAACACAGCUGUUGCUGAAGCAACCCUUGAAUCAACUUUACUUUUUCAGAAGUUUCCAAAUCCAAGCGAUAACCAUUGGCCCUUGGAAAGAACUGCACUGAAGAAUGUGGAUCAAUCCCUAAAAAGAGUGACUAAGAAUGUCAAAUCAUCCGAGGCUUGGCUCUACGAGGCCACCGUGUCUGAUGAUGUUACUAGAGGAUCUCUGCUAGUCAAUUCCUCUCCAACUCCUACCAAGCAUUCUUGCAACCGAUACGUUCGGAUUGCAAGUAAGCAGAUGGUGGGGAUAUUUAUAUCUGUAUGGGUUCGGACAGAGCUAAGGCGUUAUGUCAACAACGUCAAAGUUUGCGUUGUUGGUUGUGGAAUUUUGAAUUUUCUCAGGAAUAAGGGUGCUGUUUCUGUCAGUAUGUGUCUUCACCAAACCAGCUUCUGCUUUGUGUGUACCCAUUUGACAUCUGGUCACAAGGAAGGUGAUGAAUUGCGUCGGAAUGCUGAUGUUGCUGACGUGCUUCGUCGCACCACGUUUCCUAGAUUGGUAAAACUUUCUGGAGUGAAGCUACCAGAAACAAUUAUGGGACAUGACCGAAUUAUAUGGUUGGGAGACCUGAACUAUCGUAUUGACCUACCGGAUUUGGAAACAUGGAUUUUAGUGAACCAAUCUGAUUGGAAGAGUCUUCUUCCUAAAGAUCAGUUGAAAGUAGAGAGAGAUGCUGGGCGGGUCUUUCAGGGUUGGCAUGAGGAUGCUAUUUCUUUUCCUCCAACAUACAAGUUUGUGGUGGAAUCUGAUGAAUACUUUGGUGAAGAUACUUUCAAAGGAGACAAGCGACGGACACCCGCCUGGUGUGACCGAAUCUUAUCCCAUGGACAAGGGUUGGCGCAGUUGAGUUACUUGAUGGUAGACGCAAAGCUUUCAGACCAUCGACCCGUUAUUGCGAAGUUUAUGGCCGAAGUGGAAGCAGUAAGCGGUCGAAAGCUAAGGGAAGUUUGUAGGCAUUCGAAUGAUGCAAAAGUUAACGUUGAGGAGCUCUUGCCUAGAAUUUUGCCUGUCAGCAGGUUUCACAGCUUACACAAUCACGAGCAGCAUAUCGAGCACUCUAGGAUAAACUCUAGCCAAACAAGCAUUAUUGGCGCAAACAUUUGUUAGUGCAACAUGGAAGUGGCCUCAUCAACUUGGUAUAUCACCAGGACUUCGAAGGUCUCCACUGGCUGUGCUGUUGAGCUAGUUACCAGUGGGUGUUAAAUGACAUCCUAUCAUUAUUUGAGGGUCAGGAACUCAAGGGUAGCUGUGAACUUAUAUACCUAACUGGGUUUAUGUAGUUAUAAGAGAUAGAUGUAUAUUAUACUAAACAAGCCCAUGGUGGUCAUUACACUUACUAUGGAGUGCAAGUUGAUCCAUUUGUAAAAAUUUAGGAAGUUCAUUGAACUUCUUAGCGCCUUUUCAACACCUUGUCUACCUAAGCUCCCAUUUCAAAGAGGUAUCUGGGUCAAGUUACUUGUGGCGUUGGUUGUUAGUUGAGUAUGAUGAGAGAAAAUGUUCUGAAGUUCAGACACGUUUUGGUUCAUGCUCGAAGUUUUCAGCAUGGAAGGACAUAUCCAGUUUAAUUAGUGUAGGUUUUUCCACGGCAGACUGUUGAAAUUAAUUUGAUCGGCUUUGAUUACCUGGUC